AUGCAUGAUGGAAAGGGAAAGCUUCUGGUAAAGGCAACUCGAGGCGGAAACCGACUGUACAAGGUACGUAUGGGGAUAAGAAACACGUUGUGUCUAAUCUCGGCAACAAUGAGUGAUUCUGAGAGAUGGCAUGCGAGAUUGGGACACGUGAAUCAUGAGACAAUGAAGACUAUGGUGCAAAAGAAGCUUGUGUUGGGAGUUCCAGAGCUUAAGGUAGAAAACAAGGUCUGCGACUCAUGCCUAAUGGGAAAACAGACGAGACAAGUAUUUUCCCAAGCCUCUUCAUAUCGAGCAACGAAGGUGCUAGAGCUCGUUCACGGAGAUUUAUGUGGUCCCAUCACACCUAGUACAACAGCUGAAAACAAAUAUAUCUUUGUUCUCAUAGACGACUACUCGAGAUAUAUGUGGACGAUUCUCAUGAGGGAGAAGAGUUAUGCAUUCUUUAUCUUGUUGUACCUCUAUUCCAAGAUAGUGGACUCUCAUCAGUUGAAGAAACUAGAUGAUAGGUCAUGUCGUCUGAUACAUCUCGGAACGGAGCCUGGAACAAAGGGAUAUCGUCUGCUUGACCCGCAAACGAAGAAAAUCGUGGUGAGUCGAGAUGUAAUCUUUGACGAAACAAGAGGCUGGAAUUGGAAUAUAUCAAAUCUGGACUCGAACAGCAUCGGUAGUUUCACGAUCGGUUCAGGAGAUUUUGGAGGUCAUGGAGAACAGGGAGAUCGUGAGAUGAUAGCGUUCGAUGGCUCUGAAGCAGAGCAAGGCAGAGUCGAGCAAGACAAGGAACCAGAAACGGAGUCCAGGGAGGAAGAAAGUGGAGUUGAAUCAGAAGAAGAUAAUGAUGAAGGUACUCACGGUGAAACCGAGCUAAGAAGAUCACAGAGAGUGAGAGAAAAGCCAAAGUAUCUUGCAGACUACAUACUACUUGCAGAGAUAGAGGGAGAAUGGUUACUUUUGAGUCUGAAUGACGAGCCAAAGGACAUUUAUGAGGCAAAAGAGUCAAGGAAUUGGAUGUUGGCUUGUGAAGAUGAGAUAUUGUCCAUCAACAAGAACAAAACGUGGACGCUUGUUGACCUACCACGCGGAGCAAAACCAAUCGGCUUGAAGUGGGUGUUCAAGCUAAAGAGGAACUCAGACGGAAGCAUUAAUAAACACAAGGCAAGACUUGUCGCCAAGGGAUACGUGCAGAGAUACGGGAUUGAUUUCGAAAAAGUUUUUGCUCCAGUAGCUCGGAUUGAAACAAUUCGCCUUCUUAUCAGUCUCGCAGCAUCUAAGGGAUGGGAGAUACAUCACCUUGACGUCAAGACAGCGUUUCUUCAUGGGGAGUUAAAAGAAACAGUCUAUGUUUCCCAGCCUGAUGGCUUUGUGGUAAAAGGAAGUGAAGAAAAGGUUUACAAGCUGAACAGAGCGUUGUAUGGACUUAAGCAAGCUCCGACAGCUUGGAAUGACAAGUUGAAUCUGAUUCUUAAGGAGUUAUAG